AUGGCUUCAAUUGCAAUUCCUCCUGGCCUCUUUCAACAACAAAUGCCAAUGUUCCCAGUACAUAACCAACCUCAACAUGAACAAAUAUCUGGACUACCACUUGAAAUAGAGCAAAAAACUCAAAAUUUAAUUCUAAUGACUGGUGAUGCUGGACCAAGAAGAUGGAGAAAGACAAAAACAGACUACUUAAAGAAAUUAGAGACUGAUAAUGGCGAUCUAAAAACACAUGUCGUCGAAUUACAACAGCAAAUUAGUGGCUUACAAGCCCAAAAUGAAAUUUUACGUGAUCAACUCAGAUAUUUCCAAAGCUGCUUAUCACAAGCCGCUCCAUUAGUGUUCCAGCCAAAUCAAGAGCAAAAAUAA